AUGACGGGCGGUAUUUCCAUCACCCCUGAGCAGGUGCUGCAGUUCACAGGACCCACCGAAGACUUUCUCUGCCCAAUCACCGCCAACACUUAUAAUAUUGAAUUCUACCGCUUCACCAUCAGCGAUGCGGAAUCGCAUAAAGUUCUCUUCGACGUGGAGCGCAGUUCAGAUGAUUAUGAAAGUAUUGAGAAUGUCGCCCUGCUGCCAGUAGAGGUGCAGCGAUCCAUGCGGACCAUUAAUUAUCGCUUUCCACCAUCUAUGCUGUACCGAAAGACCAUCAGUGCUAAACUUGUAUUUGGAAUAAACGGCGAUAAACCCGUACCGAAUUUCCGUAUGAUUGAACGGCAUUACUUCCGCAAUACACUUAUUAAGUCGUUUGACUUUAAUUUUGGAUUCUGUAUUCCCCGCUCCACCAAUACUUGGGAGUCUAUUUAUGAUAUGCCGGAGUUAACGGAGGAGUGGAAACAGGCAAUUGUACAGGGCGCGAAUGAAAUGGUGAGUGACAGUUUCUACUUUGUGGAUGGGAAGUUGGUGAUGCAUAAUAAGGCGAUUUAUGCCUACAACGCACCGGAGGUAGAUUAUGGAGUUUGA